AUGUCGACCACUUCCCCUCACAACGCCUAUAUGCAAAAAUGCGUCUCCCUCGCAGAGCAAUCACCUCCCCGACCGACCAAUUUUCGCGUCGGCGCACUCCUCCUCUCCCGUAAAGAUGGGGAUGUCUCCGGAACCGACGAUCGAAUCCUCUCAACCGGCUACACGAUGGAACUAGCAGGAAACACCCACGCCGAACAAUGCUGCUUUUCGAACUACGCUGCCGUCCACAAAGUCCCCGAUGAUGAAGUAUCCACCGUACUCCCCAUUGAAGCGGGCCGGAAACUCAUCAUGUACGUGUCGAUGGAGCCAUGCGGGAAGCGACUUUCAGGGAACACGCCGUGCGUGCAACGCAUUACGAAGACGCGGGAGGGUGAUCGGGAAGGGGUCCAGAAGGUUUAUUUCGGAGUUAAGGAGCCUGGGACUUUUGUGGGAGAGUCGGAGGGGUGUAAGAUGUUGACUGCGGCGGGGAUUGAGUGGGAACAUGUGGCUGGGUUUGAGAAGGAAAUCUUGUCGGUUGCGUUUGCUGGGCAUGAGAAUGCGGCGGAGAAGGUGAAGGCUACGCUGGGUGAGCAGGGGACUGAUGUUGCCGAGGAGAGGAAGAGACAGGAGGAGGCUCCUAGGAAUCCGAAGAAGAGGAUGAUGGAGGGAGAGACGAUGCUCUAUUGA